AUGACAACUACAAGUGUUUCCAUAUAUCCUGAUAUCACAGAUGCGUCAGUUCUAAAACUAGUAUCAUUUACAACUUUAACAGAAUUUGAAGAAAAACCCUCGGUACCACAGAGGUAUGAAUGGUUUCAGAGUACUGAAUUGUACCCUGUAAAAAGUGAUAUAUACUCCUCAACAUCAACAACUCAAUCAUUUCGCAAGACCAUCGCAUCCUGUGAAUGGGCGUGGCAUACAAUAUGGUUUACAAUACUGUAUGUUCGAUACUCCUAUUUCAUAGGAACACUUAAUCCAUUCUUAUUUUAUAUUGUUGCCGAUGGACAAAAACAAGUUGCUAUGAUGACAUCCUUAUUCGGGUUAAUGCAAUUGGCGAUAUUUGUAAUAGCUCCAUUAUCAGGACUUAUUAUGGAUUCAAAAUCCGAUUCCCAGCUGUUUCAAGCAAUUAUUGCAACUACAAUUCCUAUAGUAGCAUUAGUGUGUAUGUCUCUCUUUGUACUGGUGCAUAUCCCAGAAAUCCAGAUUAUUUCCUUCUUAUGUUUCAUCAUUGGUAGAGUAUUUGUAGGCUGUGCCCAUGGUAACAUGAUUGCUUUAUUAUUUCCACCGGAGUAUUAUGGUCGGUUAUUUGGUCUCGGUUAUCUCAUUGCUGGAAUAGGUUCAUUGUUAAAUUAUCCGUUGUUCAAUUUAACUCAGGUGCUACCAGACAGAAACCCAAUUUACGUGGACUGUAUAUUAUUAGUUGUGGUGUUAAUAUCGCAUGGAUAUCCUAUCCUGCUAUGGAGGAAAAUGAACAUAAAAAAUAAAGAAGAAUUCAAUUUCAAGAUCUUAGAAGAGACGUGAUCAAUUUCAAGACUAAUUACUUUUGACAAUAAUGAAUAAUGUAAAUAAUUCCGUGAGUGGCUGUAUCGAGCUGGUAAUCAUUAUAUAUUUAAAAAAA